UCUGCUGCCCUGUGUGUGUGUGUGUUUACACAUGAAGGACUGAAGGAACUGCUGAGCUGAUGCAGCACAUACACACAAGAGGUUUAGUCAUCCAGCUAGUAGACAGUAGCUCGCCGACCAUCGACCAGUUCGGUAGCGUCCGUUUUGUUGUCUACCAAACGGAAGGAGGGCGGCCUCUUCCAUCCGCCAUUGUGUUCUGUUGAAAAGCCGAUCGAUCCUUUCUGAGAAAUAAAUCAACAAGUGUCUACCAUCAGUGAGCCAUGUGAUCUCUAGUGGGCGCAUCCUCCCGCUAUCGAUAGACCAUCCUAUAUAUAUAAAUAUACUGAGUGAGGAUCUAAUCAAAACUUAUUGAUUGUGUGUGUGUGUGUUUCUGCUCGGUGUCUUGUUGCGUGACAGCAGUUUGGGAAUAUCGAUGGCGCCACUCGGUCGUCGUCUCGUGUUGUUGGUAUUCGCUGUCGUCAUGACUACACCAGUUUUCGGUCUCAAGUUUGACAAGAGCCGAGAACUGGAAGUUAGCGCUGGAGCUCCUCCGGGUACCAUUGUCGGUAAAUUACGAGUCAUUAGUCGAGCUGCUGGAGGAAUUUUGACCAGAGACAAUGUCGGAGUCAAUUUUUCAUUGCACAAUUCCAGCGACUACGCCGAUUUUCACGUGGAGCCUAAAACGGGUCUUUUGUCUGUCGCCAAGAUGGUUGAUCGUCCGGUAAAUUCGACCUAUCAAAUAAUCGUUCGUGCGAUGCUGGCCAAAUCGAGGAGCGGUGACACGGAUCGAUUUGAAAUUCGAGUCACGGCACCACCUCAACCAACGGACCAGUUUCGACUACUCAUGGACUCUAAUCAAUACGAAGGUGAAAUAGAACCAGACAGUCCAGUCGGUAUGGCCAUCAUCGAAGCGAUGGCCUUCGUCAACGGUAGCCACAACCAAAUGCCGGGCAACGUCACUUACUUCAUGGAACCGUUUCCGGACGAAAAAUUCCCGUUUACGGCCAUCAAAGAUUGGUUUCGGAUGGACAACCGGACGGGUGUGGUUCAACUCCUCCAAUCACCCCAGCCGGGCAUUAAAGCCCACAAUGUGAGUUUCAUGAUCGGAGCUCUGGAGCAUGACAAAUCUCUGGACGCAAGAGCCCCAGCCGUUGUCCUUUUCCACGGAUUGCCCAGGCCACGAAAUGUGACGGUGACUAAGCUAUCAGCCGACGCUGCCGUAAUCUGCUGGAAAUUUCCGCUAGCCGCCGGAGCUCAAGGUUAUGUUUUGCGUUACUGGCGUCAUCCGGCGUCUCUCAGUCCAACCCAGCCGCUAACUCCUACGGAAAAUGAAGCUCCUGAUUCGGCGCCAAUUCCACUGGAGCUGAAAAUUAUCGACUUGGACGGCCGCGCCAACCUAAGUACGACAAAAGACGAGAUACGGACCGUUUGUUCCAGUUUGAAACAACUGGAAUCGGAGGCCGCCUACAAGCUGCAAGUGUUGGCCUGUGGUGGCGACGCAGAGUGCGGCGACUCUCUCGGACCAGCCAGCGCCAUUCUCCACUUCACUACUCAGACCAAUCAUUGCUCACUGGAAGGAACUUGCGUGACGGGUGAGUGUCAGAUAUCGUUCGAACCGCCCGGAUUCGAGUGUCUGUGCCAUUCGGGCAACUACGGUCCUCGUUGCGAGUUGUACAAUCCUUGCGUCUUGACGCCGUGUCAGAACGGCGCCACGUGCCAUAAUUUCACCAACAGCACGUACGAAUGCCAAUGCCCGCAAGGUUUCGAAGGUGAAAAUUGCGUCGUUCCUGUCGGGCCGCCUUGCCUUCAUGAAGAACCUUGUCUCAACAACGGCACCUGUUCCAAGGAUGGGUGUGACUGCCUCCCAGGCUACCAAGGCGCCCAGUGCGAGAGUUUCAAUCCUUGCUGGAACGACCCGUGUCCCAAAGAGGCUAAUUGCACUGUCUUGUUGGACAGUGAUGAAUUCCAGUGCGUCUGUCCACUAGGAUACAGAGGGCGUGAUUGUGAAGAAGCCAUUAAUUACUGCAUCUUGGAUCCGUGUCAAAACGACGGCCAUUGCAGUAGCAGAAACGGCUCCUAUCAUUGUGAAUGCACAACUGGAUUCCACGGCGUCGCCUGUGAACAAGACGUGGAUGAAUGCCAGUCGGAUCCGUGCGAGAACAACUCCACCUGUCACAAUCUACCGGGAUCAUUCACCUGCCUCUGUCCACCUGGUUUCACGGGGACGAGAUGCGAACAAAAAGUGGAAGCCUGUCUUUCGUUUCCCUGUAGAAACAAAGCCGUCUGUCAAAAUGAUUUCGAAAAUUUGAGUUACAAUUGCUUCUGUCGACCUGGAUUCGAUGGCCGUGACUGCGAGAAUAACAUUGAUGACUGUAACCCGGAUCCUUGCCUGAAUGGCGGUACCUGCCGUGACUUGACUGACGCCUUUGAAUGUCUUUGCAAAACUGGUUUUUCAGGUCUUAGAUGUGAUCACGAAGAUCCAUGUCCUGAAGAUGUGGAGGAAUCUGUCGAGAAAGGCACUUUCCAUUGGCCGGUGACAGAGACUGGCCAGAUUGCGACACUCGCCUGCCCUUACGGAACGCUGACCACGCUGGAGGGGAAAUUGAAAAGACCAGCAGCCGAGAUUCCGACGGGCCUGGUAACAGACACAGAAUUCCGGGAGCGUCAGGAACGCACGAAAUUCGACCAGACAACCGUAUUGACUGCUGUGAGAUCAUGCGAGAGAUUCCCGGAUGGCACCGUCGGUUGGAACUCGUCUGAUUUGUCCGUGUGCCGAGAACAAAGGCUGGCCAUCGCCGAAGAGAGAUCCACCAUACUGGAAAACAAUUCCGUCGCUGCCAAGAAUCUGACGCUUAUCGGUGUAGAACAAGUGGCAGACGAAGUGGUCGACUUGGUCGACGACGCCCUAAUGGAUCUCAAAGUGGCUCAUAAUUUCUUCAAUACGUUGUCCAAUGUCAUGGAAGUGGACGACGAAGUCUUGAGCGCCUCCAACAACAGCUGUGAUCGAUUAUUGGAUGCCAUCGAACGUUACACGAGUCAAGUGGCAUUGGAACCGGACCAACCAGUCGUCUUGGCCACGCCCAAUAUAGCUAUCGAAACUUUAUUACAUAGUAAACCGGAAUCUUACUCUUUCCGGCCGUCAUUCGAAGGCGAUCCAUCCGGCAGCAGUUUGAUAUCCCUAACGAUCCCGAAACAAGCGCUGGAAGGUUCUCGCGAUGGAGUUCGGUUGCAGUUUGUAUCUUACCGGAGUGGCAAACUUUUCCAAAGUCGAACGAAUCGUUUGCCGGGACAACCGGCCAUGGUGAUAGCCGCAACAGUCGGACACGUUUCAGUUUCGGGACUGAGUGAACCGGUGACUUACACGAUGCCUUUAGUCAACAGCAGUUCAUUUUACUCUUGCGUCUAUUGGGAUGAAUUAGAAAAGGAAUGGUCGACGAAUGGCGUGAAAACUACCAAAACAGAGUCGGGGAUGAUUGAAUGCUUGUCAGAUCACUUGACGGCCUUCUCUAUUCUCCUGGACCCGACACCCAUGGAUCGUAUCUCCGGUUACCACGAAUACAUUCUAAGACUCAUCAGUUACGUCGGAUCCGGAUUGAGCAUUCUCGGUCUUUCCAUCACCGUUCUCCUCUACAGUCUUUUUAGGAAUUUAAGGAGAGAUCGCGGUGGGAAAAUUCUGCUGAAUUUGUGCAUAUCGCUGUUGAUGUUGAAUGUCAUAUUCCUGGUGGGCUCCAUCCUGGGAACUGCUUACAAGAACGUCGAUCUGGAACAACGAGCUAAAACGUCGGAGCGAAUUUGGUCGGCCGGAACGGAAUCGCCAGUCAGUCAAGCGCACGUGGACAUUUGUACGGCGCUGACCAUCAGUGUCCACUACUUGGUUCUGUCAUCUUUGUCCUGGAUGUUGGUCGAGGCCGUUCACAUGUACCAGUUGCUCAUUUUGGUCUUUGCCAAUAGUGAGACUGGUUUCAUGUUGAAACGGAUGCUCGCCGCUUGGGGUGUACCGUUGAUUGUUGUCGUCACCACGGCUGUGCUAUGCUUAGAUUAUUACCAGGACCCAACUGGGCAGACCUGCGGUCGAAUGUCGCACGCCCAUCUGACCGUCUAUUACAGCGCCUUCAUCGGACCCACUUGCCUGAUCCUUUUGAUCAACUCGACCGUUUUCUUCAUGGUGCUCAGAGUCAUCCUGUUGCAGGGCCAGCGCGGGCGAGCUGUCGGUAAAGUGGCAACUGAGAACGGAAACGGGGCCGGAGGAGGCAAUCGCUUGAUGAUCAUGGCCCAGCUACGCGGAGCUGUCACCGUCAUGGCUUUAUUGGGCGUCACUUGGGUAGCCGGCGCUGUGGCAAUUGGUCCAGUCAAAGUGGUUAUGACCUACGUCUUUUGCGUCUGCAAUUCCCUUCAAGGAUUCGUCAUUUUCAUUGUCAGAGUUGUCCAGUACCCAGAGGCCCGCCAAUCGUUUGUCACUUUGUGGAACACUGGACAGACUCACAUCCCUUACGACGCUACUCGUCAUUCUUCCGGACCGACCAUCAAUUCAUCAGGAUCUGCUACCGGACAAUCGAGCGCCCAUGCCGUCCUAAGAGCCCGUAAAACAUUGUCCAUCAAUUCCAGAUCGCCUGGAUCAUCCGGCAAAAAUAUGUUGCCAAUCGCUCGCGGCCCGGACUCACUGACUCCAUCACAAGCUCCGACUCUUCCGCUCGGUGGUCCCACUGACUCUUCUUCUCCCUCCUUGUCCUACCAGCACUGGUUCCCAUCCGCAACUGCAUCACCCGCCAGCAAUGGAUCGACCCAGUCUCGAUUCCGCCGAAUUUUCGGCCAACUUGGGCUGGAACCAUCUUCUUUGAGGCUGUCAUCCAAGUCAAACGGUAAAACUAGUGGCUCUCAUUCCUUGCUGGAACGGCACGUUUCCGGCGCAACGAAUCCGCCACCAUCGCCUGGUGAUAAGUCGCACCAGAUACUUGGCGAACCAUCUCCGCUACCGGAAGAAUUGAUCAAACCAAAUUUCAUGAUUGGCGAGGAAAUCUCUCUUUUGCAUCCGGGCGCAGCGUCGUCGUCGGCGGAACCGUCUGCAGGCAACACGAAGCGUUCGUCGGUAAUCAGCGCCGGCGGCGGAAGCAUCAGCAAAGAAGGAGCCAAUACAUCGUGGACUUAUCUCCGGCCGGAAGACGAAAUUGGUGACAAUGAUCAACUACCACCUACCACCGACCAGCUAGGAUUGAAAUCCGCCAAUGGAUUCAUCGCCCGACGCCGUGCCGUUUCCUUCGUCGUCAACUUGCCCGACCAUGGAUCGAUUGAAAAUCCAUCGUCUACCGACGACCGCCGAGCUCCUCCGGUGCGAAGAACUCAGUCACUUUGCGACGAUCCUCCGGAAUUGUCCGUUAUAUUCCGCAACGGCCCAACACAACAGUCUUCUCUGCCUCGUCAAGACCCUUUGUUUCAUUCCUAAUUAUCGGAGAUAGAUGGCAGUAGUCUAUGGUUGUUUCCAUUUUGUUUAUUUUCAAUAUUUCUUUUUAUUCUAAACACAAGGAAAAUGUGUGUGUGAAGACACAGACAAUGUCCCGACUUUAUCAGUCGGCAAAUUUGAUACUCGGCAAUUGAAACGGACAGAAAAAUUGCCCAGCUAAACAGAAAACAAAAGCAGCCAAAGAGAGCAUUGAUUCGAACCCUAGUGUCGAUAUUAUAUUACAAACUAUUUUAAAGGUUCAUAUUUGCUAGUCCAGCUGAUGCGCACCAUGCCUUUUUCUUCCCUUUUUUUCGUUGAUACAAAUCAUCUUGCCUUUUAUUUGUACCUACAUCUUAUAUUAUGAUGUUUCAUUUGUAUAGCACGUAUACAACACAGCUAAAUUUCCAGCAUCAAAAUAUUUCAGAGGCUUUUUUUCAACGUUGCGCGCAAAAAAGGCCUAAGCUUUUAUUGUGCAUCAAAUGAAAAUUUACUUUGUUUGUUUUACGAUUGGAGAUUAUACAAAAAAAAAAAAAGAAAAAUUGAAAGGAAGAUGGAACGCUGUUUGGAAUAGCGUGACACGAUGAAGCGUGUAGGAUACUGUUUUACCAAAAUACGGCAUACAAAAAAAAAAUAUAAAGAACUAUAAAAAUUGCCAGCGUUUUCAAUCAUCUUUGUCUCUUGUCUCCCCAGUCGUCAUGGAAACUUGUACUUGACAAUGAUGCGCAUCAAAGUUUUGCCGAAAAAAAGAAAAAAUAAUUUUUUUUUUUUAUAUAGCACUACGGUCACAAACGUCGUCGGGCGUGACUGAGCCCCAUAAAGGCUCAGACCACACCACCGGAUCGAUAAACUCCGCAGCGUGUGGAUGUUUUCCUUCGCCCGUUUUUACACCCAGGAUAGGAAUACCGAAACUAGCGAUGGGCCCACAAUAUCGUCGACCGCAAUGCCUGCAUUGCGCGUCGCCCGGCUGCAGAGCAAUCAAAGGCGGAUCUUUGUGUCAUGAUGCUAUAAUAAAGAAUGUCUUGCCAUUUUCGCCUACUUUCUGUUUCGUCAAAACGGCGUUCUUUCGGGUCUUUGUGUAACCUCGUUUUUUUUUUUUUUUUUUUUUUUGCAAAUUGAACUAUCCUGAAAUUUAGAUUUGUUUGAAUUUUCGAUGCUGAUUCAUUUUCCAGUUUUGCCUUGUUUGUUUUGUAAUCCCACUGUAGCAUGCAAUGUUUAUUUGAUAAGCGCUGCGCUAAUUUUUACUUAAAAGCAAUGGUUUACUAUAAAUAACAGUGUCAGAAAAUAAAGGUGGAAAUGUCAAAAGACA